UCAUUUUCAUUUCGGUGAAAAAUACAGCGUUACAGACAUUGCCUGCAACGUCCUGUUGAUUUUCAAGAUGGAAAACAAUUUUGACUGUUUGAAUACUACUGCUGACCAGCAGGGAUUUGUGGAGGGGACGCGAAAACCGAAUGAUGGAGCGAAGACCAAUUUCUUGCUGAGGGAGAUUCUUCCAAAUAGGAUUUCGGCAAGUGAUCCACCCCGCAAGACAACUCAACGACGUUCGAGAAGUGUGGAUGUAGGAAGAAGAAAUCGAACUAUACUCGAACCCAGGCGUUCAAGGAGUGCGUGCAGCUUCGGCGUCACGGAAAUUGACGAAUGUGGAAAUGGCGAUAACAAAAUUCCCUCUCAGCCAAAAGUGGCCUCCAUUUCUUCGCAGCCAAAAUCGGCUUCCAUUCCCUCGCAGCCAAAAAUGACUUCCAUUUCCUUGCACCCAAAAUGGACUGAAACCAACAUGAACGAAAAAGAGGGUACGAAUGCUGGUAUUGUACCAAAUGUUUUCAUGACAACCUCCAGUCCAACGCUGGGGAAUACCAUCACUGAACCUGAGUAUCCCCAGUUCGCAACUCCCAAACUUUCGAAGUCAGCACCUUCAAUGCCUUCUAAAUCCAGCAAAUGGAAAUGGCCGCGUCGUCAGCGCAAAGUUCACCCAUCGCCUCAAACCGAUCCAUCACCUGGAACCGACAGCAGUGGAUCGAAGAAACGCAGCAACAAGAAGUCAUCAAAUGCCAAACGAUACUUUUUUCUUCCACUAGCACACUGGAGUAUGUUGGUGUGGAAACCACUUGCGGUGAUGACUUCACCGUUGAUUAACUUUAUGUAAAUUUUCAAAUUGAUUUAUUUAGAAAGCACUUAUUAUCACAUGUUAGUUUCAUAUUAUAUAUAUUAAGCAUUAGUUUCAUUAUUUUGGAAUUAGGAUUGCAUUUGUUCUGGGAUUAAAUGAUUGCCAUUUUAUUUUAUUUUUAGCCAUGAUAA